AUGGACACCACGAGCAGACGGCCGCAGCUACCUGCGUUGAGUUAUUUGGAAGUCGGCAAUAUCAAGAAGGAUGAAGAGUUGUAUCAGAGUCGGAAUACCGCCACUCCAAACCACAAAAGCGUCCCUCUGGCCAGCCCGACGCACCAAUAUCCUACAGCCCCACCACCGCCCUAUACACAUCCAUCACAUCACCAUGGGAACACGUGGGCAAAGACUCCUGUUCACACACCACCAGAGCCACGUCGACUGAGUGGAGACGAUAACGAAGGUCUCAAACAAAACCUGCGCCAAUCUCUCCCAUCUAUAUCGGAAGCCCUUGGUUCUGGACCGCUGGACAAUCACGCAUCGCACCCUCCACCUACGUCUACAACUCAGGCACCGCCUCCCUCCUCCGCUACAUCAUUACCCACUCCUCAAUCCGGAGCACCGCGGUCGCCUUCUUCGGCAGCACGACGGCCGUAUGCCAUGGAACCGCCACCGCAGUCUCAGAACCACUCACAAUAUUCUUACUUCCGACAAGACUCCGCUGGCCCACAACAUUCAUCUGCAGAGGUGUCGCAUCCCUCUUAUGGACAACCUCAAGAGAAUCGACCACCACCGCCGCCAGCCCAAACGCCACAGCCACCGCGAGCAUCACAACCACCCUCACAUCCUCUUCAGCAGCCCGCCUCACCUCGAUUCGAGCCGCAGCAUUCUCACCCACCCGGGUCAAUGCCUCCACCGCCGUCGUCGACGUUUCAAUAUGGCUACCAGUCGUAUACACCGCGGUAUGCACAGCCGCCGUCUAAUGGCAACUCUGGCCCUGUCUUCCAGCCAUCCGCUCACUAUGCGGCACCAUCAACACCUCAACCCUCAUGGAAGUCGGAGCCGUCUCGAUAUCCUGAAGAACGGCCUGCUGAUCGAUACGGCGACUCCGUGAAACGACAUCUGGACAUGUACGACGUGGAAGCGUCGUUGAGUGAGAUCGGCCAAACGAGCAACCACAUGAUGGACUUCUCCCGCCGCUACGGCGACCGCAUGCACCAAAACGCCCGCGCCGGCCCCUCCCUCGCCACCCUCCCGAGCGUAGUCGAAGUCGAAGAUAUGAUCCAAAAAGCCCGCAUCCAACUCGACUCGCUCAGCAAAAUCCGCGAAGUCGUCCUCACCCAACAAGCCGCCUACGAGCAACAAAUGGCCGACCAACGCCAACGACACGAAUCCUUCACCGAAGCUCCCCCUCCACCUCCGUCCGCGGACCCGUACAUGGACGCCGAAGACGUGAAAGGCGGCUUCGCGGGCUCCGAGACGAAGAAGCGGCGAGGUCGCGCCGCACCGCCCGGCCGCUGCCAUAGCUGCAACCGCGCCGAGACGCCCGAAUGGCGACGCGGUCCCGAUGGCGCGCGGACGCUGUGUAAUGCCUGCGGACUGCAUUAUGCGAAAUUGACGCGGAAGCAGACGACGGCGGGGAAGAAUGGGAAUGUUGGGAGCUCGAAUCUGAGGCCUAAGGAGGCGUAG